AUGUCGAAAGUUGCCUCCACAAAUGUCAAUGUGCCGACCGCCACCGAUGCGGAUAAGGACAUGUGAAGCAUUUCUAAACAUUUUCACAAUAACUGUGGUUUUUUGCAGAACUCUUACCGUCGCCAAACUGCAUUUCAACGGAAACGACUACCUGGGCAUUGAGAUCAACUACCAUCAUCCGAUGCGUCUGUUCACUGCCAUCGAGUACGAGACGGAGAUUACGGUCAUGAGCAAAGCGUACGUUCUGAAACAUCUCCGUUACAAUAACGACCGGCUGUACCUGCCGACUUUCUUAAAAUGGAGUGAGGUCGAGUCUCAAAUGUGGAACACACCAGUUGUCCAGUGCUCGGCUAGGAUUGUCAACUACAAAUUCAUCGAGAACAGCGGACCAUGCUAUUCGAACAGAAGCUAUCAUGGACAGGACGACCUGAGAAACGUGAAUACCGUUGAUCUUACGAUCAACGUCGGGAAGUAUCAGAUUUUAGUGAACAAGGACGUAAGAGAAAAUCAAAUAUUUCAUCCAAAGUCUGAGAUUUUACAUUUGCAGUAUGUUUCGUCUAUCUCUGGAUUCUUCAAACAAGUGCUCUCUAGCACAAGCACCGGAGGCCAAUACAAUUUGAACAUAACGACUCCACACCCCGAAGCUUUCAUUACAAUGUUCGACAUCUGUCACCACAAAUUCCGAUGUGACAGUGAGUUAUCUGAUCCAGAACUAAAAGUUCAAUCAUUUUUCCAGUUGGUUUCAAGGAUACUCUACUGGAACUGGCCAAGAUCUACCAGUUCCCACUUGUGGAAAAGUUCCACAAACGUGUGUUUGGGACAACGGACUUGCUGGAUCCCGAUCUAUUGGUGCCUGUCUUCGACUUGGAUCGCGAGUUCUCGCUGGAGAAGGUUAUGAACAGUGACAUCAGCUGUUUGCUGACCCGUCGUCCGGUGUCGAUUUCCUGA